AUGUAUGAAUAUUCCCUUCAAGAAUUUGAUCUUGAGAAAAAAAGAUUCACUAUUAAAGAUGAUAUAAAGCCUUGGUUGCUGGGGGCUCUUGAGAGAAAAGGAAUCAAGAUUGUGAUAGAAAGAUCAGAUUCUGGUAAGAUUAUAUUUCGAUGUAGAAACAAAACAAGCAAAAUUGAGGUAGAUGACCUGAAACAAAAAAGACGACAACUUUCAUGUCCAUUCAGAGUCAGAGCAAAUCGAUCUGUCCGUAGUGGUACAUGGUCUUUGGUGGUAAUUAAUGAUACACAUAAUCAUGAGGUAUUUGAAAAUAAUUCUACUACUUCCUCUGUGAAAGGCUCCCCCAAUGGGUUCCAAUUAAUACCCACUGGUUUAUCUCCUAGUAGUUUGACGUCUAUACAUGAAGAUUAUAGAGAUAAGUCUAUUGUACGUGAUGAUGUACAACAAGUAUUACAACGGAUGAAUGUGGAACAAAUGUUACAUAAACAACUGGAGCGACGCAAUACUCUCAAACAGCAAGUGGAACAAAUUGAACAAGUUGAACAAGUUGAACAAGUUGAACAAGUUGAACAAGUUGAGCGAGUUGAACGGGGCCCACUGGUUGAACAAGAAGAACAAAAUGUACCAGUUGAACCAACAGAUCAUCCAAUACAAAGAAAACAUAAGAAUAUUAUUGGAAAAUACUCAAAAUUGAAUGGGAAUAAGCCACUAAUUACCCCACUGCACACUUACAGACCAUCAAGCGAAGAAGUUGUUCUUGAUAUUCGCAAGAAACUUAAUAAAUAUGUCACGCUAAAUAUAAUGCAAAAUAAGGAGUUUAGCGAAUCUGAGAAAAGUGGUAUGGUUAGAUCAUUAAUAAACCAAGUUCUUGCUGAUUACAAGGGAUCAUUAGAUCAACAAGAAUCCAAAAUUUGGAUGUCCCAGCCGCAAUCAAAUAGUACCCCUAAUCCAAGUGCAAAUCUUAUCCCUCUUUCUCCAUUAUUAAAUGAUAGUGAGCCUGAAUAUACUAGCUCUGGUCAUGGGAAUUCUAUUGAAAACUUGACUCAUCUCCCAGGGAUUAAUUUACAAAUGAAUGCAAAUAAUUCAUAUGUCGGGAUACCUACAAUUUCCCAGAAUCAAAGUCAACAGCUUCCCUCUUUCACUUCCAUUCAAAAUCAACUAUCAUUAUCACCCACCUUGCUUAAUAUUUCCAAUUUUGGUGGAUCUUCACUGAAUGGGAAUAAUUCUUCUAAUAAUACAAUUGGGAAUGUAUUCAGUACCAAUGGUGGUGGUAACAAUAAUGUUAACAGCUACAAUUUGAACUCGUCGCUUGUUCCACCAAUAAAUAAUAUCACCACUACAAACACAACCUUGAACCCAUCUCACCUUCUUAUGACCCCAGUUUCUAAUGGCCGGAACUCACAAACAACAAAUUCUUCUAACUUAAACGAAUUCAAACUAAGUAAUGCUCCAAGUCAUGGAGUUGGUUUAACAUCACCAAAUAGUCAUAAUUCACACACUACACCAAACGCAAAUAGCAUUGGAAAUAUCCUCAACAUGGGCUACACUGGUUGGUAA